AUGGACGACCCAAACGACCCCCGGGGCAAGAAGUACCACCAGGCCUCACCGCUGUUUAUCGACCACACAGACUACUACCUCCUCGUCGAUAUCCCGAGGACGGCGUGCUCUCACCCCAAGUGCUUCAGGCCACGGUGCUACUCGACCGAGCUGGAAGAGGAGUACGACGUGUGCGCGUACCACCACUUCAUGCGAGUUACGAGCGCGCCCUUCGCCUCGCUAUACUCUGUUCCUCUUUCCAACGCCUGCAACACUCACACCAUGGUAAAGAUCAUCUGGCCCGACCAUCCCACGACCCUCGACUACUCAUACGAGAUCAAGCAGCUCCAGUCCGCUCUGGAGGCGAGCAACCUCGUCACAACGUUCAAGUGGUACCGGUCGCCCCAUCGUGAGAACUACGAGACGAUCAAGGAGUGGAUGGACGAUAUCCAACGCGACAACUGUCUCGACACGUACACGUGGAUGAACAAUGUCGAGUUCUACGCGUACCUCCUCCUCCGCGACAGCGACGAAGAUGACGAGGAGGACGACGAUGAGAGGACGCAGGAAGAGCAGAACGACUACGUCCUCCGCACUAUGAUGUGCCUGCUCACUGUGCAGUUCCACCAGCGCCUCGCGAACGGGAUGGUUGGCCUCGGCCGCCCUCCCAGCCCACCCUUCACGCUCCUCCUUGACGAGGAGGUGUUCCGCAUCAUCGACCGCCUGAAUGACAGCAAGCUCAUCCAAUACCACUACCGCUGGAGCUACCGUGCCGACUAUGAAGAGGUCAUCGAGUGGCUCGACGACAUGAACAGGCAGACACUGUGCCGCGGGCUCGCAUGCCCUGAGUACGUCCCCGUGCUCCACAUCGUGAACCACGAGUUCUACCUCUACCUCCUUGGACGCUUGUGCGCCGGGGUCCACAAGCAGACGGCGCAGCUCGGCGAGUUCGAGGGCGACCGCCCCCGCAUCAUGAGCCCUCGCCACAUCAGGAUGACGCUUCGCCACCUGAUGGUGGCCCAGUUCUACCAGUACAUUCGCGCGGGCUAUCGCCACGUCCGUACCCCGAACGGCGGGUUCGUCUGGGAGUCACCGCGGUGA